UUUUUAAUGAUUUAUUUAUUCUAUUAUUUAUUUUCAUUACUUCAAUUUGUUAUCUCAAUUGAUGAGCAAAAUUCUUCUGAUCUAUCAAUUAAUAAUACAAACAAAAAUGAAGAUAUUCAAUUAAAUAUUACUAAUGUUGGUGGUACUUUUGGAUGCCCAGCAUUUUCUUCAUUCAAAUUUUGGGUAGCUAGACAAUGCCCUCCAAUGAACGACACUCGAUGUAUGGUUUCUCUUCCUUGUGAUUUGACUAUAUCUUGGAAACUGAAUUGUGGAACAGCCGAUGAUGUUUUACGUCCAAGAAUGCAAUUAUUUACAGCACAGGAAAUGCUCUACUUGACAAAAUUGCGAGACAAGGCAGGAAGACCUUGGUGCCUUCUUUCAUUUUUCUUUUCACCUGAUUGUAUUUUCUCUUCAAAAGUGGCUGAUUCAUUUUAUCAAAUUGCUCGUUUCUAUCCAAAACUUCGUGUUGUAGCAGUGGAUGUUUCAAAAGGAGGCAAGGAAAUGGAAAGUUUAAUCGCUCAAUAUGGAAUUGCCUCAACACCUGUGCUUGCAAUUUGGCAAGAUGGUUUGCCCAGACUUCGGCUAUACGAGGACUACUCAAAAUUACACACAUUAAUUAACGUCAUUCGUUUACAGACAGACUUGAAGCCAAAAGUAAUUUUUAAAAAUUAUGAAGAAUUUAAUGAAAGUGGAUGUACAGAAACUGAACCGUGCAGACAAGAAUUUCUCUCACGUUUUAAGUAUUUGCAAGCUGAACUUGGCUUUGAUUGGUAUUUAUUUGUGGCAUCUAUCACGUGUAUUUUGAAUAUUACAUAUUUUAUAUUAUUUUCAACGAAAGGAAGAGAACUUAUUCGACAAUAUUUUCCAAGGUUAAGAAAUUUAUUUGCAUCCUAA